CUUAUCCUCUUCACUAUAAAUGUAAGCCCUCAAGCGCUGCUCUCCCUACCUCCCUCACCAAACACCUCUCACCACUUUCUUUACUUUUUUGGGGUGAAAAUGGCAGCUGUGCUCUCUCUUCUGCUUGCAUUCUCAUUUAUGUUCACUAAUCCUGCUUAUGCAGAUGCAGCUGUACAUGUGCCUUUGGAUGGGCUCUUGAACAAUGGCAACUUUGAAGAACCACCAAAACCAACAAACCUCAAGAAAACAGUACUCAUCGGCAAGUAUGCACUGCCCAAAUGGGAAAUCAAUGGCUUCGUGGAGUACAUCUCCGGCGGCCCGCAACCGGGUGGAAUGUACUUUUCUGUGGCUCAUGGUGUUCAUGCUGUGAGGCUUGGCAAUGAGGCCUCCAUCUCUCAAACCAUAAAGGUGAAACCAGGGUCUCUGUGUGCUCUAACAUUUGGGGCAUCAAGGACUUGUGCACAAGAAGAGGUUUUGAGGGUCUCAGUGCCUCCUCAGGCAGGGGACCUUCCUUUGCAGACUCUCUAUAGUAGCAAUGGAGGUGAUACUUAUGCUUGGGGUUUCAGAGCCACUUCCAAUGUAGUAAAAAUGACUUUUCACAAUCCUGGGGUUCAAGAGGACCCUGCUUGUGGUCCUCUCUUGGAUGCAAUUGCUAUCAAGGAACUCUUCCCUGCCCUACCCACUAGAGAUAAUUUGGUCAGAAAUCCUGGGUUUGAGGAGGCUCCCCAUAGGUUAUUCAACUCUUCCCAUGGUGUACUCCUCCCUCCAAAACAACUAGAUGUGACAUCCCCACUUCAUGGCUCGAUCAUCAAGUCCCUCAAAGCCGUAAAGUUCAUCGACUCCCAACACUUCAAUAUCCCGUUUGGAAACGGCGCCGUUGAGCUUGUUGCAGGUAGAGAAAGUGCCAUAGCCCAGGUUCUUAGAACUGUUCCCAACAAGAUCUACAAUCUCUCAUUCGUCGUUGGCGAUGCAAGGAACGGCUGCCACGGUUCGAUGAUGGUUGAAGCAUUUGCCGGCAAGGGUUUAGGGUUUAGGGCAACAUCUUUUCUAGGUUUGAGCUUUAUGAAGGACAACAUCUUUUCUAGGUUUGGAACACCAAGAGCCAUUAUCAUCGAUGGAGGCACUCACUUUUGCAAUAGGUCAUUUGAGGCACUUUUAAAGCGAUAUGGAAUUACACAUAGGGUCUCGAUACCUUAUCAUCCCCAAACAAGUGGACAAGUGGAGAUUAGUAACCGAGAAAUCAAGCAAAUCUUGGAGAAAACCGUGAGCCCUACGAGAAAGGAUUGGAGCUUGAGACUUAAUGAAGCAUUAUGGGCAUAUAGAACAGCUCACAAAAUCCCCAUUGAUAUGUCUCCUUUUCGUUUGGUUUAUGGUAAAGCAUGUCACCUUCCGGUUGAACUUGAACAUCGAGCAUUUUGGGCAAUCAAGAAAUUCAAUUUCGAUAUGAAAGAGGCGGGAGAUGCAAGGCGACUCCAAUUGAUUGAAUUGGAUGAGAUGAGGAAUGAUGCUUAUGAGAGUGCACGGAUUUACAAGGAAAAGACGAAGGCAUUUCAUGACAAAGCCAUUCAAAGGAAGACUUUUGAAAUAGGGCAGAAAGUCUUGCUCUUCAAUUCACGCCUCCCGCUAUUCCCAGGUAAGUUACGUUCUAGAUGGUACGGUCGUUUUGUUGUUACUAAUGUUCUCCCUCAUGGUGCAGUUGAGAUUCAAAAUGACAAGACGGGAAACAUAUUCAAAGUGAACAGACAUCGCUUGAAGCCAUACUAUGAAUCUUUUGAGCUUGGAAAAGAGAGCAUGCACGUGGAUGCACCACCCCCAUCUAUUGGUUAAUCAUCUAAAGAACCGCGUCUAGCUGAAGACUUUAAACUUAGCGUUUCUUGGGAGGCAACCCAACCAUUCUUAACUAUUGUUUUCGGUUUUGUUUUAGUUUAUGUGUGAUUUCUCGUAAAUUUUCAUAUUUUUGUUUUUGUUCAGUUUUGCAUCAUCAAACAAUGGAUUUUGUGUUCCAAAGAAAAAAUUUCGCAUUUUUCUAGCCCUAGGACGUUUGCAGCAUGUUUCAAAUGUGUUACAUAAGUUUUUUUGGUCAUUGGCUGAGUUUAGAUACCAGAAAAUAGAAAAAUAGCUUUUAUGUUCUUAUUUUGGUCAAAACUAGAAUUUCUGCCUAAUUUCUUUUUUGCUGUUUUUCAGGUCAAUCUGAUGCCACCAACAUGUUUAGAAUGAUUAUUCUGAUGAUUUGGACCAGGUUUGGGGGUCCCCGGUGGCCUACAUUAUGUUUUAGGACGAUUUGAAGCUCAAAAAAGGACCUAAAACAUUAAGAAAAAAGCAGCUGCUGUUUUGCCCAGAAUUUGAAGAUUUUUCGUCACCAAAGAGUUUUUAGCGACGGUGUUCAUCGGAUUUUUCGUCAUAAAAGAGGUUUUAGUAGCGGUGUUCAUCAGAUUUUUCGUCGCUAAAAGUCGGAUUUCCAGAUUUUUCUAAUUACAUAUCCAGAUCAAUUUCGUUCCAAUUUCAUCGCAUUCCGAGAUUUUUAGGAGCUAUUACGGGUCCGUUGAUAAAGGUAGAUGUUUUACCUAUUUUCGACUAGAGAGGGCUAUAUACUUUUCAAAUUUAAGAAAAUUUGUCCGCGUGAGGAACUGAAUUUCAGGAAUAUAUGAAGUGAAGAAUUGAGUCAGGUCAUUUUCUUUGGCAGCUUAUGCUAAAAUAAGAAGCGUUCCUCUUGAUCGCAUUCAGAUAUAUCAAGGGUUUUUGGGAUGUUUGAUGAUGUGAAAAAUCAUAUUCCACGGCUUGUUAAGAA